AUGAUCAAGAUUAUGAAUUGGUUUUCAAUGGUCAUAGGCCUCAUUCCCCUGAAUCGCCAGGAGGUGGGUUCGAAUGUUAUAGUGGAUUAUGCCAUGAUGUUCAUUGUGCCCAUCAUUUAUGUGGCCUGCUAUUUGACCAUCAAUUGGAUGCAUGCCUUUGGUGUCUGCUUGCUGGAUUCCUGCAACAGUGUCUGCAAGCUGAGCAAUAAUCUGUUUAUGCACCUGGGCGCCUUCCUCUACCUGACCAUCACCUUGAUGAGCCUGUAUCGCCGCAAGGAUUUCUUUCUGCAGUUCGACGAACGAUUGAAUGCGAUCGAUGAGGUCAUCCAGAAGUGCCGUCGAGUGGCAGAAAUGGACAAGGUUAAGGUCACUGCGGUGAAGCAUAGUGUGGCCUAUCAUUUCACCUGGCUUUUUCUAUUCUGCGUGUUCAGCUUUGCCCUAUAUUAUGAUGUCAGGGCGUUGUAUAUGACCUUCGGCCACUUCGCCUUCAUUCCGUUCAUGGUUUCCAGCUUCCCGUACUUGGCCGGCAGCAUUAUCCAGGGCGAGUUCAUCUAUCACGUGUCGGUCAUCUCGCAGCGUUUCGAGCAGAUUAACGCUCUGUUCGAGAAGAUUAACCAGGAGGCCCGCCAUCGCCAUGCACCCCUCACGGUCUUCGAUAUCGAGAGCGAAGGGAAGAAGGAAAGGAAGACCAUUACGCCGGUAACGGCCAUGGAUGGCAGGACGACUGGCACGUUUGGCAAUGAGCACAAGUUGGCUGGUGAAAUGAAGCGCCAAUUGGGACAACAAAAGAACGAUGAGGACGAUGUGGACUCCAGCAAUGAUGAGGACGAGGAUGAUUUUGAUUACGACAAUGUCACCAUUGCCGAAAAUACAGGAACCACCUCGGAGGCCAAUCUUCCCGAUCUGUUCAAGUUGCACGAUAAAAUCCUAUCACUAAGUGUGAUAACAAAUGGAGAGUUUGGGCCACAGUGUGUACCCUAUAUGGCGGCUUGUUUUGUGGUCAGCAUCUUUGGAAUUUUCCUCGAAACAAAAGUCAACUUUAUAGUGAGCGGAAAGAGCCGACUGUUGGACUAUGUGACCUAUUUGUAUGUGAUCUGGAGCUUCACCACCAUGGUGGUGGCCUACAUCGUGCUCCGUCUGUGCUGCAAUGCCAACAAUCACUCCAAGCAAUCGGCAAUGAUUGUCCAUGAGAUCAUGCAGAAGAAACCCGCCUUUAUGCUUAGCAAUGAUCUUUUCUACAACAAGAUGAAGUCCUUUACCCUGCAGUUCCUUCACUGGGAAGGUUACUUUCAGUUCAAUGGAAUCGGAUUGUUUGCCCUGGACUAUACUUUUAUAUUUUCGACUGUGAGUGCCGCCACAUCCUAUUUGAUUGUCCUGCUGCAGUUCGACAUGACUGCAAUUUUGCGCAACGAGGGUCUGAUGUCGUAA